AUGAGCAGAGCAACCAACUCAUCAAAGGCAGGUCUUGCGUGGCCCAAUGGAAAUGAUAUUGAUAUAGACCAAUAUUUAACGACUGGAAAGAUAUCUUGGUAUUACACAUGGUCUCCCGAUGCUAUUUCUUCCACAAAGAUUGAGUUUGUGCCCAUGCUUUGGGGAAACAAUUCCGUGGACGAUUUUUCUUCUACAAUAAAUGAUACGAUAUCCUCCCAUAAUGUCACUGCAGUCCUCGGCAUGAAUGAACCUCAGCAGAGCGGCCAAUCGGAACUGACGCCGGCGCAAGGGGCGGAACUGUGGAAGACGUACAUGGAACCACUUAAAUCGCAAAACAUUCGUUUAGGAAGUCCAGCUCCGUCUAGUGCGCCUUCUGGUAAAACCUGGAUACAGGAUUUCUUGACAGCCUGUAACGGUAGCUGUACGGUCGACUUCAUUGCUCUCCAUUGGUAUGAUAUUAACGCCACCGCGUUCAUAGAAUACCUUGAAGACUUCCACAACACCUUCCAACGGCCUUUAUGGGUAACGGAGUGGGCUUGUCAAAAUUACAACGGCGGAUCCCAGUGUUCCUAUGAUGAUGUUGUGUUAUUCUUGAACGCGACACAAUCGUACAUGGAUUCAAGCGACUUUGUUGAACGUUAUAGUUAUUUCGGAGCUAUGAUAGAUCUUCAAGGAGUGAACGAGGACAACGCACUGAUGAGUUCUAAUGGACAAAUCAACACAUUAGGGAAGCAGUACAUCGGAGAGCAGGCCCCACAGACCAGCGGCUCGGGUAGCGCAGAUGGACCUUAUGCGCCUGGAGGAACAUCGGGUUCACCUACGCUCAACCAGUUUCUACCAUCCGUCGUCGUUGGUUUGGCGAUCAUUCUAAUUAUUGCCGGCAACGAAAUUCCGAGGUAG